UAAAGUGAUUGGGGAGAGAGAUUUCCUCUCACCUCGCUGUAAUUGUUGCUUCUCAGAUAUAAACGGUGUCAGAGUUUCAGCUUCUCACAUUUUGGUCAAAUACUUCAAGUUCAGGACUGCUCAGCCGCACAAGGAAACAUAAAUGGAGAAGAUGAUCUGCAGGAUCCUGCUGCUCAUCAUCCUCACAUCACAUGUCUGUGCAUCAACAAUUGUGAAGGUGACACAGAACUUCUAUCAGACAAAGGAGAACCACAACAUCACCCUGGAGUGGACCUUCACCCCCAAACAUGAACCCUCCUCUGGCUUCCUUGAUAUCUACUGUCACUUCAGAAAACAUCUGAAGAUCUUAGUUGUCUUUAAAAUGUCUGAUGGUGUUAAGAACUUGAAGCAUCAAGACGAACAGUUUGCAGGACGAGUCCAGAGCAACAGAGAUGCUCUGAGAGAGGGACGACUAAGACUCGUCAUCUCCAGACUCACGACUGAGGAUUCAGGAUGGUACUGGUGUGAAGCGUUCACAAAGUCUGGAUGGGACUCUGCCAGCUGUCAACUCCACGUCUCUGCGACCAGAUCCUACGAUGGAGCAGGAAAUGGAGGAUUAAUUACAUCAGGAGCUGUUGCAGCAGCUGCACUUCUGAUUUAUUGUGUUACAGUUUUAGUGAAGAAAAGGAGAAGAAUAUGUGCUGUUGUGUCUCAGAGAAUCAACCAUCAAGGAGUUGUAUGCAGGUUUCUGAUGAAUCACAACUCGAUUACUUGAGUCACUAAACUGAGCGACUGCAGGACUCCUCCUUCAACCUCUGAUUGGAGGAAAAGAAAACUAACAUAACAUAACAUAACAUAACAUAACAUAACAUAACAUAACAUAACAUAACAUAACAUAACAUAACAUAACACAUCACAUCACAUCACAUCACAUAACAUGCCAUAGUCCGGAAUUUGGGGGAAGACCCAAAUUCAGGAGAUCCAGAGUUAAAUAAUUAUUUGUCAAUAACUACAACUGAUCAUUUGUAGAAUUAUUGAUCAAAUAAAACCUGCAGGUCUGUGACGGAUGUUACCUGCUCAUCUGGACAAACCUUUGAUCUCCUCAGCUCUGACUUCACUAAAGUAUUUAGCAACAUUAUUAUCAUGAUAUUUACUGAUUAACUUGGACGUUUACAAGCUUCCUGUUAGUCAUCACAAUCAUCAUCAUCAUCAUCAUCAUCAUCAUCAUCAUCAUCAUCAUCAUCAUCAUCAUCACCACCAUCAUCAUCAUCAUCAUCAUCAUCAUCAUCAUCAUCAUCUAGGUUCAAAUAAAAUCUAAACCUAAAUGCGAUAAUAAAAUGUUCAAAAGCCUCACCUUUAGUCUUAAACUCCCGAGCUGGAAAUCAGAGAAGCCAGUUUUGUUAGUGGUAGUGUACCGGCCCCCUGCUGGUCAUUAUCUAGAGUUUCUGUCUGAAUUUUCAGAUUUCCUAUCUGGUUUAUUGAUCAGUACAGAUAAAGUCAUCAUAGUGGGUGACUUUAAAGGGGACCUAUUAUGGCAUCUAAUACCUAUUUUAAACAGGCCUUGAAUGUCUUAAAAACAAGCUUUUGAUUGUUUUUGCUAAAUUAAUUAGAAAUUCAGCCUCUAAACCAUGUCUUUAUCAUCUCAUUCUCUAACCUCAUUAUCUAUGUGGGAUUCUGAGUAGGCGGGGCUAUGAUAAUGAGGCUCUAUGCUGAUUGGCUGCCUGAAUGACGCGAUACACCGCUACGAAAAAAUGUCAAAAUCAAGUCCAUUGCUUUAUUUUCUAUUGGACUGUCCUAACUGGCCGCGAGCAACACUGCGCAGCUCGAUGCGACGCGCCAUUUUGAGCUGAACAUUUGUCGGACGUCCUGCUUCUAUUUUUUUCUUGUCGCUCGCGUUGAAAGCCGGUUGAAAGCGCUGUAGGAAACGGUCAUGGAUGAGGAACGGCUGAUCCAGUUAGUUGAAAUGAGAAAUUAUCUCUAUGAUACCUCCUCAUUUCACUACAAAAACCUCAAUAAAGUGGCAGCUGGCUGGAGGGAGAUGGACAGGGAGCUGGAAGUUUCUGACCGUUAUUUUUGUGUUUUGUCAGGAUGCUGAGCAGACGUUAAUUUACCGUUAGCUUCUGUUAAUGUACUCUAGCUACUGUUAAACCAUUGAGGGAGGAUAGUUAGCAAGUUCAGCACAAUAAUAUGGCCUGUUAGAGUUGAACAACGAUUAAUAACAGAACUGCAUAUUAACGGUUUCAGUGUGGAUAGAGAGCAUCCAGGACACGGGGUUAUAGUUGUGGGUGUGGUUUGCAUUUUGGUUACAUAACGACGGGAGCAGAAUCUGAACGGCUCGUAGAUCCACAUCACACUGGACGGAUCAUCCGGGCGGCUGUACAGACACUGCAGAAUUUGGUUGCUUUCCUCCUUCUCUGAGUUGGCAGGCUGAGGGGAGACCACUUUAUAUAUGUUAAAGCAAGAGAAAACGUGUUUUUCAUAAUAGGUCCCCUUUAACAUUCAUAUGGAUGUUGAAAGCGAUAAUCUUCUAAUCAUCAUCAUCAUCAUCA